AUGGCAAGGACGACAUCCCGGCGUCAAAGCUCCACGCGCAACCAUAGUGUCGCUUGGGCGUUGGCAGCAAGGCUGUUUUUUGUUGUUGUGGGAAGGCAUGGGAAGGCAUGGGAAGGGGAGAGAUGGGGAGUGCAGUGCCCAGCCAAGGAGCCUUUCAAUACUCCGAAAGUUGCUCGGAAGUUGUUUGACCGAUCGUUUUCGUGCCCUUGGGAUGGCGCUCGGCGUCCGGGAUGUGCACAAGGGUGCUCCUGUGGCUGGACAGAGCGAUGCCAUCCAAGCUAUGUCUUUGUCCCAGACAACUUAGACAACAUCACGCGUGACAGCCGUGACAGAUGGGGGCAGUUGGUGGAUGUCGGUGCAUGCGGCAUGGACUUUCGAGUUCCAGUGCUGGUGUCGCUGCUGUUGCCAGUAUUCUUGCUGACUUGCUUGAUCUCGGUCCGACGAAUGUCUGCAAAUGUUACCUACUCAGACCUGAAAGUGUUUCGAACAAGCCGUCGUAUGGACGCCCUGUGCCAGAAGCGCCUUGGCUGA